AUGAUGAACACCCAUGUUUAUGAUAGCUUUUUGGACCAUCUCCCACCGGCGCCACCCGCCAACACACCACUCGAGGGGUAUUCUCCGAACUGGAGAUUAGGACAAUAUCCUCGCGGACAGGUUCUGGACGGUCAGGGCGAAGAUACAAGCAUCGGCGUCCCAUAUACCACAGGCCAGAUACCCAACAAAUCAAGCCCGUUUCCCAUCUGGGCAGCAACAACGAACCAAGAAACCCACGGGCUGGGCUUCGAAGGCCAAUCCGAGGGAUUCAAGCAGGUACCUGCCGCUGCCGCGCAACCCUUCUGUCCACCAGACGGCCGUCACAAUGAUCCAUACCGGCCUCAAAUGACGAACAUCAACAUGAACGAGCACAUUCACAAGACCCACCAAGCCCCUUCGCCUAUGAGCAUCACGUCGAACAUAGCCGCCACAGUGCUCCCCUCGGGUGAAGCCCACCAUCGCGACGGCCGCCUCAGCUGCAGCACAACGAUCGUCAGCGUCGACAACGCCAGCUCCAGCAACCCGGCCAGCGACGUUCACACCAUCUGCCUCCUCGCCACGGAAUCCUACCUCAGCGAACGCCGCGCCAACUGGCGGCUCCGCGGCGGCGGCGGCGUCAGCAGACAAUGUCCGCAGCGCCCCUCGUCGUCGCCCCGUGGCAGUCGCUGGAUGCCCUACGUUCCGCCCGGCCAGGACAGCGACGGCGAGCACGGCCACCGCCGCCGCCGCAGCUCGACGGGCGAGAGGCCCACCGGCUCGCUGCUGGCCAACGUCAGUCGGAUAUCGACGGCGUUGUGGAAGCAGGCGAUGCGGGACAGGCUCUAUGUGCUGCGUUCGGAGAGAAUGGCGCUGGAGAACAUGGGCCAGCUGCUGGAUUGGGCGGAGACGAUCGCGGCGGGAGACAAGGGCGAGGAGAUGGAGCCCAUGCGGGUUUUGACGGCGGGGAGGAACUUGUGCGCCUGGCUCGGCGACGAAGUGGGCGUGGAGAUGAUGGAGGCGUUGGAGUGA